CCAGCCUCCAUCCGUCACCACAGAGAAGGAAAAACAGGGAGGAGGGAUCACUGGGAUCAGGGAUCACUUUAUCCGCCACGUCCGUAUCAAGCCAAAGGCGCGAUUUAUUCCAAUAACAAGCCGUCAUCUAACGGGGACAUCGCCAAGAGGUCGUUGGUUUGUACUGGAUACAGGGAGGACGUGAUGGGGGCACAUAAGGCGUUUGUGCUCUUACUUGCGGCGACCUUGACGGUCUCAUCUGAGGUGCCUGCUGAUGACUCAGUGGGCUUGCUGACCGAGCCUCAGGUUGCCAUGUUCUGUGGCAACCUCAACAUGCACAUCAAUGUGCAGAGUGGCAACUGGGAGCCAGACCCUUCAGGCUCCAACAGCUGCAUCGCCACCAAGGAAGGCAUCCUGAAUUACUGCCAAGAGGUGUAUCCAGAACUUCAGAUCACUAAUGUCGUGGAGGCCAACCAGCCUGUCAGCAUCCAAAACUGGUGCAAAAAAGGCCGCAAGCACUGCCGCAGUCACAAUCACAUCGUGGUGCCCUACCGCUGCUUGGUCGGGGAGUUUGUGAGCGAUGCCUUGCUGGUUCCUGACAAGUGUAAGUUCUUGCACAAGGAAUAUAUGGACCAGUGCGAAAGCCAUCUGCACUGGCACGCUGUGGCCAAAGAGUCCUGUGGAGACCACGCCACCAAUCUCCAUGACUACGGGCUGCUGAUGCCGUGCGGUAUUGAUCUUUACCGAGGGGUGGAGUUUGUGUGCUGCCCAAUCGAAGCCGAGGAAGAGUCCGAUAGCGCGGCGAUGGAUGGCGAAGAGUCGGACGUCUGGUGGGGCGGAGCUGAGCCUGAGAACAACGAUAACGGCAUGGCGGAGCUGACGGACACUGCUGUUGAGGAGGAAGAGGAUGAUGAGGAAGAUGAUGAAGAGACUGACACUUUUGAAAGGGACGAGAAUGACGAUGAAGAAAUUGACGAGGAGGAAGAGGAGGAAGACGAUGACAUGGCCAACGAGCGGGAUAGCGACGAGCGCGACGCUAACGUCGCCAUGACAACCACCACCACCACUGAAUCCAUUGAGGAGGUGGUUCGAGCCGCUUGUUGGGCACGCGCCGACUCAGGCCCGUGUCACGACAUGCUGGAGCGCUGGUACUUCAUACCUGAAAAGGCCCUCUGCGCCCCCUUCCUGUUUGGGGGCUGCGGGGGCAACAGGAAUAACUUUGAUUCCGAGGAAUACUGCCUAGCUGUCUGCAGCAGCUCGCUGCCCACUAUGGCGCCCAGCCCCCCAGACGCCGUGGACCAGUACCUCGAGUUCCCCGGUGACGACAGUGAGCACGGCGACUUCCAGAGGGCGAAGGAAAGCCUGGAGGCCAAGCAUCGGGAAAAACUGUCCCAGGUGAUGAAGGAAUGGGAGGAGGCUGAGAGGAAGGCCAAGAACCUCCCACGUGCUGAAAAGAAAGCUGUUAUUCAGCACUUCCAGGAGAAGGUGGAGGCCCUGGAGCAGGAGGCGGCCGGUGAGAGGCAGCAGCUGGUGGAAACCCACAUGGCCCGCGUAGAGGCUUUGCUCAACAGUCGCCGACGCAUGGCCCUGGAAAACUACCUGAGUGCACUGCAGGCCGACCCGCCACGGCCUCGUCAGGUGCUGAGUCUGCUGAAGAAAUACGUUCGGGCAGAGCAGAAGGAUCGCCAGCACACAGUCAAACAUUACGAGCACGUCCGAACCGUCGACCCGAGGAAGGCGGCGCAGAUUCGGCCUCAGGUUUUGACCCACCUGCGUGUGAUCGACGAAAGGAUGAACCAGUCGCUGGGUUUGCUUUACAAGGUGCCCAACGUGGCCAGCGAGAUCCACAGCCAAGUCUCCGUUAUCGUGAAACGAGUUCAGUCCGAGCUUUCUCAGCAAGUGUCCUCCCUGCAGAGCGACAGCAGGCUGGACGGCAGGAUGAGCUACGGCAACGACGCGCUCAUGCCCGACCAGGCGUACAGCUCGGCUCCCAUGGACCUCGGCCUCGGCGGUUUGGGCUUCAUCCACCCCGAGAGCUUCAACCAGCCCAACACUGAGAACCACGUUGAGCCAGUUGAUGCCCGCCCACUUCCAGAUCGAGGACUGCCCACACGGCCUGUGUCUGCACUGAAGCCAGAAGAGAUGCCCCAAGUGCGUAUGGAGACCGAGGAGAGGCAAAGUGCUGGUUAUGAAGUCCACCAUCAAAAACUGGUCUUUUUUGCCGAGGACGUGGGCUCCAACAAAGGCGCCAUCAUUGGGCUGAUGGUGGGAGGUGUCGUCAUAGCGACCGUCAUUGUCAUCACCCUGGUGAUGCUGAGGAAGAAGCAAUACACUUCUAUUCACCAUGGUGUCAUCGAGGUGGACGCGGCAGUGACGCCCGAGGAGCGUCACCUGGCCAAGAUGCAGCAGAACGGCUACGAGAAUCCCACCUACAAGUUCUUUGAGCAGAUCCACAACUAAAAAGACUCCCUCUUGUUCCCCCACCCCUAGGCGCUGUUCCACUCUCUGCUCCCAUUUGACAUUUGAAAAAGCCGAAUGUGCUCAUUUCAAAAGCAAAGAUGGUUUUUUUUUUGUUUGGGCCAAAGGAAGCAGACAUGGAACAAAGCCUGGCGAACCCCCUCAAUUGCACAAAGUAACACUAACGGAAGUGAGACAAGGGUAGCUUGUGUCACCUGCACACUGAAGCCAAUCACACAACACCCCCUUUGCAGUGUUUGUACUCAAUGAACUUCAUCAACUGAUUAUAGCUAUACAGUAUAUACACAUAGUAUAUAAAUAUUAUUAUAAUCAUCGCAGCACUGUGCUAUUUAAAACCAUACAGCUCAAAACAUUUCAGGUUUGUUUCAAGAAGGAAUCUUUUCAUUUUUGUGUGUAUUAUAUGAAGGAGAUUAGCUGUACGUCUAUGUAGUGCAUGGCCAUAUCGACGGAUGCAAUCCAACCGGGUCGUUGACUUUUAGAUAUUUUAGCGGGAUUGUACAUUUCUGGUGUCUUCUUUGUGAACUUGUGCGAUAUGAAGAAGAAGAAGAAGAAAAAAAUAUUCAGAAUGCUUUAACAAUUUUUAAGCUUCUCUCCAUGCUUCACCGUUGUGUUAGCUGCAUGGGCAAAAAAAUGAAAUGAAAAACAAAAAAACCCUCAAAUACUUACUAUAUGUAAUAUAUAAAGUGUCAUAGUAUCCGAAAGGAAGAUGAUUGUGUUACUGUUUGCGUUUUAUGCACUCUGUCUUUGUCAUUCUGGGAAACGUCUGAUUAUCAUCAAAUACAGUGGAACCUCCCUCGUGGAACAAAAAUGAAUGAAAACAAUUGAUUUUGUUUGUCAGUACCUUUUUUUGUGUGAAGGAUGAUGGCAACGGGUGAAGGCAAAGAAGUGGAGGAAAGGAACAUGCUGCUCAGUCUGAGAAAAAAUAAUUCCUUCAAUGUCAGUAAAUUCACUACACUCCAUUACUGUCAGAGAAAGUAUUAUUUAGUUUGUUUGUUUUACAAGCAAAUUUAAUAAUUCAUGAAGUCCAAUAGGAAAAUGACUUGGUAAUUAGGAAAGCUUGUUAGUCAACCAGUGUAACUGUGUUUCCAAUUACAAGGUUCCACUGUAUUUGCCCUCAUUGCAGACUGUAU